AUGCUUCGCGAAUACGGAUACGCUAAUGCUGUCGCGAUUCGGCCGCCUUCGAUACGGAACUGGACAGAGGAGCAAGUGGACCAUUUCCUGGAGCACGGGUACAUCGUUAUCAAGGGCGCCUUCACGCCUCAGAAGGCCGCCGAGUGGACGAAGGAUAUCUGGGCCCGACUGGGCAUGGACCCGGACGACAAGUCUACCUGGGACAGGGAGCGCAUCCACAUGCCGGCGCACAGACGAGAGACCGUCGCGUCGUUUGCGCCCAAAGCGUGGGGGGCCAUGAAAGAACUGUUGGGCGGCGAGGAGCGCAUCGACGAAGAGUCCAGCGCGUGGGGCGACUCGUUCAUCGUCAAUCUCGGCACGGACGAGCUCGAGGGCGACGAUAAGGGCGUCGAUCCGAAGGACCUGGGGAUCUGGCACGUCGACGGCGAUUUCUUCGUGCAUUUCCUCGACUCGCCCGAGCAGGCUCUGCUGGUGAUUCCCAUUUUCUCCGCGAUCAAGCCGCGCGGGGGCGGCACGUACAUCUGCACCGACGGGCUCGACAAGAUCGCCCGCCACCUUGCCGCGCACCCCGAGGGCGUCCGCCCGACGCCGCUCUCCUUCACGCCGGCGGACUCCACGUACGCCGACCCCGCGGACGACCCCGGCUACUGGUCGCACCUCAAGGCAGUCCAGACGUGCAGCACAUUCGUCGAGCUCACGGGCGACGUCGGUGACGUCGUGCUGCUCCACCCGCUCAUGCUGCAUUCGGCAUCGAAGAACCACCUGCGCGUCCCGCGCGUGAUCACGAACCCGCCCGUCGCGCUCCGGGAGCCGUUCCAGUUCCACAGGCAGAACCCGGACGACUACAGCUUGGUGGAGAGGAAAACGUUGAGGGCGCUCGGGGUCGAUAGGCUUGCGUUCGAGAUCGCGUCCCCGCGGAGGCGCAUCGUGCCGAAUAGGCUGAGGAUACAGGCGAAGAUGUUGGAGGAGGAGAAGCGAAGGUUGGAGGAGCUGGAGAAGGGUAUGAAGGCGGUGGAUAUCUCGUCUACGCGUUUGGUUGCGGCCGUUUGAAGGGACGCUUUUGGCCCCGACAAAUCUACCUUGAAUGAGUGCAUUGUCCGUUCAAAGGCGAUAUGGUGGAUCUAGUCGAUUUCUCUGUAUAAACAUGGAAUUUGAGAU